ACCCUAACCCUAACCCUAACCCUAACCCUAACCCUAACCCUAACCCUAACCCUAACCCUAACCCUAACCCUAACCCUAACCCUAACCCUAACCCUAACCCUAACCCUAACCCUAACCCUAACCCUAACCCUAACCCUAACCCUAACCCUAACCCUAACCCUAACCCUAACCCUAACCCUAACCCUAACCCUAACCCUAACCCUAACCCUAACCCUAACCCUAACCCUAACCCUAACCCUAACCCUAACCCUAACCCUAACCCUAACCCUAACCCUAACCCUAACCCUAACCCUAACCCUAACCCUAACCCUAACCCUAACCCUAACCCUAACCCUAACCCUAACCCUCACACUCAUCCUAACCCUCACACUCAUCCUAACCCUAACCCUCACACUCAUCCUCAUUCUUCACUCCAUCCUUCUUAUCCUUAUAAUUCUUUUCCAUCUCCCUUAUUCAAUUCCCCUCACUCUUCAUCCUCUUCCAAUUUCAUAA